AUAGACAGUUCCGGUUUAUUAAGAAAAAAAAGACCAAAACAUAUUCGCUUAUCUUAUCUUCUACCAGAAAAAAAAAACAGAUUUCUAGAUCGAGAUUAUUUGUAUCAAAUUGGUUAUUGAAUUUACGAGUAUCAUUUAUCAAAUGCCUCUCAAAAUGAAAAUGGCAUAGCUUGUAGAUCUACUUGUAAAUAAUUUUCUUCAAUGUUGUAGCUGCAGAUUAAAUGCUAAAAAAUGUCACAAAGUCGAUUGCAGCAAGAUGAAGAUAGGCGAUCAUGUUGGGUCUGUUUUGCGACAGAAGAGGAUGACCGAAAUGCAGCAUGGGUACGCCCUUGUCGAUGCAGGGGUACCACAAAAUGGGUACACCAAACAUGUCUUCAAAGAUGGGUAGAUGAAAAACAGAAAGGCAACAGUACAGUUAAAGUUGCCUGCCCACAGUGUAAUACAGAAUAUUUGAUACAGUUUCCAAAAUUGGGUCCAGUUGUGUAUGUUAUGGAUAUAAUCGACAGAGUAAUAUACAAGAUGUGUCCUUUUGUAGCUGGUGGCAUCUUUAUUGGAACAGUUUACUGGACUAUGGUCACUUAUGGGGCUGUGACUGUUAUGCAGGUUUUAGGUCAUAAAGAGGGCUUAAAUGUUAUGGAACAGGCUGAUCCUUUGUUCUUACUUAUUGGCCUCCCAACAAUACCCCUAAUGUUGGUUUUAGGCAAGAUGGUCAGAUGGGAGGAUUAUGUGCUCAGAGUUUGGCGCAAGCAUUCUUCUAAAUUGCCCCUUAUAAACUACUUGUUUCCAGAUGAACACUCAAGGAUGUCCAGGGUACCAGCAGAUACUGUGACACUGACUGAUCCAAUCUCUGCUACACGAGUCUUGUGUGGAGCCCUUAUCAUGCCAACUAUUGCUACCAUUGUAGGCAAACUCAUGUUUGGCCUUGUCCAGUCUAAUUUCCAGCGAACACUCUUGGGAGGAAUUGCUUUUAUUGCCAUCAAAGGUGUGCUAAAAAUCUAUUAUAAACAACAGCAGUACUUGCGCCAGGCAAAUCGUGUUAUCUGUGACUAUGAGGAUCCACAAAGCCCUAACACUCCACCUGCUCCUGACACAAACACACAAACAACUCUGUGAUUUACCUCUCAAUUUGUUAUUUUACUUUGUUUACUCAGCAGGAAGGGAUUUGCCCACAGAGAAAAAUUAUCUACACUAAGCUAAUUUAUACAUACAGCAUUUAUUUCUUAAAAUUUCAAAUGAUAGCUAAGUUAUUAAAUCAUUGGCAAUUUUAUUUUAAAAUGUUAAUCUUUUUUUUUUUAAAUUAUGGUGGCCAAAUCUCAAAACCCUCUCAUGAGUUAUUAUUAUUUAUGUGGUGAUUGUUUUUUGUUUUGUAUAUAUUCCCAAACCAUGUGGUCUUUGUGUUAGUUAAGAAUAUAUACUUUAUAAAAUCCAAAAAUAUUUUAUUUGCUUUCUUUUUCACCUGUGCAAAUGAUAAUUACAGCUAUUGUAAAUAGAUAUAGCUUUUUGUUUGAACAUUUAUGCUAUACUAGAUACGGGCAUUUAGUUUAAAAAAUAUUACUUUUCACUGAUUUAAAAUAAUUUUCAGAUUUCACUUCUAUAAUUGUCAGUAAUGUUAUUUUUAACUCAAAUAUUUAGGUAUGCAGCUAUUUUUUUUUCAAAAUUAAGCUUAAAAAUUUAACUUAUUUAAUUUUUAGAAUUAAAAUCAAAUUAAUGAAGCAUAAUCAAAUAAUUUUACUAACUUGGAUCUGUAAGAGUUAUGUUAAAAAGAAAAUAUGGUAAAGAUUAGUCAAGAGUUAGCAAGGAUGCCUGAAAAUUAAAACUGAAAAUAGUUUGAUUUUAACAGCAAAUAUGUGUACAAUCUAUGAUUUUCUGUUUACAAUCUUUAAAUUUGAAAAUGAUGUGUUGAAUCUGUGUACAUAUUUAAUAGUGGUAGUAGAAUAACACUUCAGUGAAGUUUUGGACAUUAUGUUUGAUAUAUUUCAAUACCAGUUUUGGUAUUAGUUAGUCAUUUAUUUUGGCCCUAUUCUGGGUCUCUAUUUUAAUUAGUUCUUUUUAGAAAAACCAGUUUAAACAUCAUUUAGAAAAAGAAUUGAAAUGAAUACAUGUUUUAAAAUUUGUGCAUAAUGUUUUUAUGAUCGUGUAUAUAAAUGUUUAAGUUGGAUGGUGAGGAUUUUAAUAAUUUCAGUUUCAUUUUGACCUGUAUAUAAUUUCUGUAUAGAAAAAAAUAGUCUGAUUAAACUUUAAUUAAUUUAUAAGCUAUUUAGAAGUAAAAUAAAGAACAUUGCCAUAAAAAACAGUGUAAGCAUUUGUAUUAAACAGAUUUUGUAUUUAUAUAUUAAUCUACUUAUUUCUGUCCAACAUCUCUGAGGUCUUAUUGUAAUAAUAAGCCUGACUUUCACUGGCAUUACAUACUUUUAAAAAGUCUAUUUUGGGUUGAACGUUAAUAAUUUAAAUGAUAAUUAUGUGGCAAUGGCUAAUUAUAAAUUGUAAUUCCAUCUUGUGAUGCAUGAUAUUGGACAAACAACAAAAAUUGAUUAUGAAGCUGUUUACAUCAUUGUGUAAGGUUGGGAUAUAAAAAAAUAGUUGUAUGAUUAAUACUUUUUAGGUCUUAAGUUUUUCAAAAUUUUGUAAUAGGACAUAGUUUUAAAAACUUAUUUAUCCUCAAAUGAAAAAACAUUUAAAUAGCAACUAAUGAAGUUUUCUAAUUUGUAUUACAUAUUUUUUUAUGUUGAGUAAAAUAUAAUUUUCAAAUACCCUCAUCUCAUUAGUCGUGCAAAUGCAUAAAGUAGUCGGAUGUUAUGUAAAUACCUAUUUACACGGUUUAAUGAAAUUGAUCCAAGUGUAAAUAAAUAAUAGGUUAAAUAUUGCUGAAAGCGAGAGAAGAGCACUAUUGUUGCCUGUGGAGAUGUAUAAUCAGAACAAACACAUUUAUUUUAUGGUGGUGUUGGUGUUUCAGUAAAAUACUGUUUGUCGUAUCAGAACAUUUGAUUAUUAUUUGUUUACUGUUAAUAAAAAUACCAAAUCUUUUUAUAAAUAAUUAGUCACCUUUCUUUUCUGUGAUGAUUUCUCCCACUGAUAGUAUCUACAAAAAUAAUGUACACUGACAGCAAUGUUGCAUAUUGUUGAGUAACAAAUAAAAAUAUAGUUGAAGCAUC